UUUUCCCCGUUUCGUCUUAUAUUUUUUGUUCCUGCUCCGAUGCAGAAGCCAGGUUUUCUGUGGUCAGCCGGGAUCAAUAGCCUUCAGUAUAGCUGAAGACAGCGACAGCUGCUGAAAAGGAAGGAGGAAGAGGCAAGCGUGAAGGAGCAGCAUUUUUGCCUUGCUUUCUAUAUGCAAAGGCUGGAGCAGUCUGUGCCAUCCUGAGCACUUGUGCUCUUAAUAGCAAGGUAUUACUGAUUUUCUCCUUCAGCGAGCCUUUCUUUUUAGUUCUUGUUUUUCUGUUGUUAUUGUUGUACCAGCUGAGUCAUCAUGUCUGCUCUGACGCCUCAAAGCGACAUGCCAACCCCCACCACAGACAAGAUCACUCAGGCUGCCAUGGAGACCAUCUAUCUUUGCAAAUUCCGCGUGUCCAUGGAUGGAGAAUGGCUCUGCUUGCGCGAGCUGGACGACAUCUCGCUGACACCCGACCCAGAGCCUACCCACGAAGACUCUUGGGAGGAUUUGACAGAUGUGGUGGAGCAAUUGCGUGAUGAUACUGAAGAUCCUAACUAUCUCAUGGCGAAUGAACGCAUGAACCUGAUGAACAUGGCGAAACUGAGUAUAAAGGGUUUGAUUGAAUCGGCUCUUAAUCUAGGCAGGACUCUGGACUCCGACUAUGCACCUCUUCAGCAGUUCUUCGUUGUGAUGGAGCAUUGCCUUAAGCAUGGCUUGAAAGCCAAAAAGACUUUUCUAGGGCAAAAUAAGUCAUUCUGGGGACCACUGGAACUGGUAGAAAAACUUGUUCCUGAAGCUGCAGAGAUCACAGCAAGUGUGAAGGAUCUCCCAGGCCUGAAGACACCUGUGGGUAGAGGAAGAGCUUGGCUUCGUUUGGCUCUCAUGCAGAAGAAACUCUCAGAAUACAUGAAAGCCUUGAUUAACAGAAAGGAUCUUCUCAGUGAAUUUUAUGAGCCUAAUGCACUCAUGAUGGAAGAAGAAGGUGCUAUCAUUGCUGGCCUCCUGGUAGGCCUGAAUGUCAUCGAUGCCAACUUUUGCAUGAAGGGCGAAGACCUGGAUUCACAGGUUGGAGUUAUUGAUUUUUCAAUGUAUUUGAAAGAAGGAAACAGCACAAAAGGCAACGAGGGAGAUGGUCAGAUAACUGCUAUUUUGGACCAGAAGAACUAUGUAGAAGAACUCAAUAGACACUUAAGUGCUACAGUUAACAACCUACAGGCAAAGGUGGAUGCCUUAGAGAAAUCCAACACUAAACUGACUGAGGAGCUUGCUGUUGCAAACAAUAGAAUUAUUACACUGCAGGAGGAGAUGGAACGGGUUAAAGAAGAAAGUUCUUACAUCUUGGAGUCCAAUCGUAAGGUCACCAAGGACAGAACUGCAGAUGGACACGCACUUACUGAGGCACGAAAGCAAUUAAAGGAGGAGACUCAAUUGCGUCUGGAUGUGGAGAAAGAGCUGGAGGUGCAGAUCGGGAUGAGACAAGAGAUGGAGUUGGCCAUGAAGAUGCUGGAGAAGGACGUUUGCGAGAAGCAGGAUGCGCUGGUGGCGCUCAGACAGCAACUGGAUGAUCUCAGGGCCCUAAAACACGAACUGUCUUUUAAGCUGCAGAGUUCAGACAUGGGAGCAAAACAGAAGAGUGAAUUAAACAGCCGCUUGGAAGAAAAAACAAAUCAGAUGGCUGCUACCAUCAAACAGCUUGAACAAAGUGAAAAGGAUUUGGUGAAACAGGCAAAAACCUUAAACAGUGCAGCAAACAAACUGAUCCAGAAGCAUCAUUAGACAUGUUUAUGUCUGGUCGCCUCGUAGCUCUGACAUCAGAACUCAUUUAUGAGGGGAGAACUUAAGAAUUACUAAAAGCAACUGUUUAAAUGUUAAUUGUCUCCUAAGGUUGAUUGGGAAUUAGCUGAAUUUUUAAAAUCAGUGAGGUUUUCCUUCAGAGAUUUAAGUUGGUUAUAAAAAUCCCUAACUUUGCCCUGUAAACUGUUACACUAGCAGUGAGCUGGCCAGCAAACACGUCAGGAAAAGCCUAAGGAAUGGGAGCCAUGUGGCUGUGUCCAUCCUGGUUUGAUGCUCCCUGCGUACAGCAGCACCAGUCUUCACCCUGUGCGGAUACUCGCUGCGUUGCCCCAGCCCGUAUCUGAUGGCCAGCUCGGGAAAGUCCCCCCGUUUUCUGUGUUGCCCAUUUUGUGAAGUAGCCGAGAAAAUGCAUCCCUGGAAGUGGUUGGAAGUAGUCGUGUGCGUAGCCCGAACCGUCACCUGUGGGCGUCCGUUCCGCGGGUCUGCCCCAAGCCCCAGAGGAGCGGGAGCCUCUCGGUAGCUCCUGGUGGGAAGAGCAGCCCUCUUGUAACCAAGACUGCUUGCAACAGUUCUGCCUUAGUGACUUGGUGGGAGGCUGGGAGCUUAGCCGUAUUCCUUUGAACUUCAUGUGUCCAAAUGAGUAGUUAGGUGUCUUAGAGUAAUAGGAUAGAGUGGUAAGUUCAGUGAAAACCUCCUUAUCUUUGCAUUGCCUUCUACCUCUGCCAUGAAUCCCUCUAGAAAUACGUUGCAGUUCUUCCUGAGAGAAGGGAGCUGAGGAGAGGUGUUUUGAUAGGUCUUGCCUCUUCCUAGAAAGGGAAAUUAAUGCGUUUUACAAAAAUCUUCUGAUCUUUAUACUCUAGUGUUAAAAAAAAAAAAAAAAAAAAUUAAAAAAAAAGCAAGAAAAUGUGCAGUGAUGGGGAGCAGGACCAGUCAUUUGAUACUUGGCCAUUCCUUGUCUGAGUAGUUAGUGGUUGAACAGGAGAGUUGCCUUUUGCUAUGACACUAGUUACAUUGGCUUCUGAGUUUCUGUAGCUUGGUACAUAUGGAAUUUGCUAAUGGAAGAACAGCUGAAGCUUGGGAACAGCCCUGAAAAGGGCAAACUGUUGUCAGCCCCCCAGUGCAAAACUCGAAAUGAUGGUAGCUUGAACGACUGUGAGUAUCCUCUUCCUGGUGGCCUCAGGAUUGCACCAGGCUGGCCCUUGGCAGGAACUAAGCUAUAAAUUCUCCUAGGAAUAUUUUGCUUCAACAGGAUCACGUUGAGGUGUGUGUUUUGGUUUGUUUGUAUACUUCUCUUUUGGAUGAGGGUCUUGUUGCUGUGGCGAGAUGCUUGCAAGUCCUCUGGGGCCAGCUCCUCUUCUGUCCCAUAGAGUGGGACAUAGAGCUCCUGCUCUGUCCCGCAGAGCAGUGCUCCUUGAUGUGGCAGGGGGUGCACGUGGCUGUGAUGCAGCUGGGCAAGCCAAGUGGAUGGAGAUCUCACUUGGCACGUGUGGCAAGGCCGGCCCUCCUGUGCCUGAGCGUGCCUCUCUGAGUGACUCCUCCCCUGCCCCACUUGGAGACCACAGUUGAGUCCCGGAAUCAUCCCCAAGUCCCAUGUUUGGAAAUAGAAACUUCAUCUUGGAUAAUCUGUUAGUAUAAAGCAAAAAUAAGAAAAAAAAAAAUCAAGCUUUCAUGAAGAUAUCCAACUAGCUAGAGUUAGGACAGCUAACUCCUCUGCCCUUCCUCAAAUUUCUGUUGUAGAAACAAUAGUUUGGACUGCUUUUGUUUGCUGUCAUAGCAGUUCUGAAAUUAGGUAGUAGUUAAAUCUCUGGCAGUUUCUGGCCAGUCUCAGGCCCAAAGCAGAGAUGCUUUGGUGUGCUAAUGCCCGGCCACUUGGUCCAGUGUGGUAGUCUGUGGAAGAGACCAGGAAAAUGCACUAAUUCUAAAUAUAAUAGC